AUGGACACUAUGGACGAGCUCCAUGAGAGGUUUGCUCACUGGCUGACACAGGACAUGGAGGCAAUGCAGUCGUUGCCUUCCUGGAGUUUUGGGCUGGUGUGGAAACAUCUCCACUUUAAACACGAGAAGGCCUGGUCUGGGGUCCAGAGCAGGGCUCCGGAGGGGGACUCUGUGUGGGCACUCUGGGCGCAGGCGGUGGCACUGGGUGGCAUUCCUGUGGUGGCGCUCCAGGGGUGGAGGCCUGUGUUCGCUCGUUGCGCCCGCUGUGCCCUCGCUGCCUCCAACUGCAAGCGCCCGCAGUACAAUGGGAAGUUCUGCCCCGGUGCCAGCCGCCUGUACCAGCUGUGCAACACCAAGCGGUGCCAGGCGGGCGCAGUGGACUUCCGUGCCCAGCAGUGUGCCCAGUACAACAGCAAGCCCUUCAGAGGAUGGUACUACAAGUGGAAGCCUUACACCAAGGUGGAAGACGAGGACAUCUGCAAACUGUACUGCAUCGCGGAGGACUUCGACUUCUUCUUCGCCAUGGCCAGCAAGGUGAAGGACGGGACGUCCUGCUCAGGCCACAGGGCAGACGUGUGCAUCGAGGACAUAUGCGAGUCGGUGGGGUGCGAUCAGGUGCUCGGGUCCAAAGGCCUCCCUGGACGCCUGUGGCACGUGCAAAGGGGACAACUCCACCUGCGUCUUCCACAGAGGGCAGUACACCACACAGCAUCGCGCCAACGGUGAGGGGGGAGCAUGAGAGGGCAGAUGGGUGGGCAGAGGGGUGGGCAUGAGAGGGCAGAUAGAUGGGUGGGCAGAGGUGGGCAUGAAAGGGCUGAUGGGUGGGCAGAGGUGGGCAUGAGAGGGCAGAUGGGUGGGCAGAGGUGGGCAUGAAAGGGCAGAUGGGUGGGGAACGUCAUUAUUCCUGUUCAGAGAACCAGAGAGAGGGGGUGUUAGAAUACAAGACAAAAAUAUGAUGAAAACUAAAAGAAGAAGAGGUGAGAGGAGAAGAGAAGAGAAGAGAAGGGAAGAGAAGAGAAGAGAAGAGAAGAGAAGAGAAGGGAAGAGAAGGGAAGAGAGAAGAGAAGAGAAGAGAAGGGAA